ACUGCAUGUGAACUCCCCUCCCCUCCCCUCCAGCUUGAAGGCUCAGAAUCAUCUCAAACCUCAAACACCAACAAACAAGAAGAGUGCCACAGUGAGUUAGUGGUGGGCGGACUGAGAGGGGGUGUUUUUCAGCCUGGAUUGAGACGGAUAAUGGGAAUAUUUACAUCGUGCUGUUGAAGUGAGCCUGCAUGGCCCUGUGGCAGGAGCACGGUCGCCAUCUCUGGGUAAACAGUGUAACCGAAUCACGCAGUUGAUAUUGUGUAGUGUGUGCUUGGAGCCGGAGGAGCGUACAGUAGCAGCAGCAGCAGCAGCAGCAGGCGGGGUGCUAUGCUGCCUGAAACAACCACAGCGGACACACAAGACUCCCAAUGCAGGACUGACGCUUUUGUUUGUCUCCUGCACAUCCUCGGACUGUCACCUUCGCGCUGAUAUCUCGUCUUUUUUUGUAAGAUCCGGGGAAUGGGACUGCAUGCUUCGAAUAAAAUGGGAUUUUAAUGGUGCACGCAGUGGACGCUCUGCUAGCCUGUGCACAGCCCGGGGACUGUAGUGCGCUCGGUAAUGUUUGCCAAGGAAUAAGACGGUGUAGCCGAAGGUGCAGAACAUCCCGUUUCCAUGGACAACACGUCCAUUAUAACACAGGUUGCAAAUCCGAAAGAGGAGGAGAGCAUUUCUUCAAGUCAGGACAAAGUCUCCCAAUCCAACAGCAGCCUAAAGAAGCAUCGGAGCCGGAGCAUUUUCAGCCCCUUCUUCUGUUGCUUCCGAAACUACAAUGACUACCAUGUGGAGCCACCACCCGCCAACAACAAGACACUUUCUCUGCCCCCAACACCAGAGGAGAAUGGCAGCCCUCCCAAGCCUCCAGCCAAGUUCCUCCUGCCAGAGGUCAGCAUAGAAGACUAUGGCAAGAACUGUGUGGUGAUCGACCUGGAUGAAACCCUCGUACACAGCUCAUUCAAGCCUAUCAGCAAUGCAGACUUCAUCGUUCCAGUGGAGAUUGAUGGGACAGUUCAUCAGGUGUACGUGCUGAAGAGGCCACACGUGGAUGAGUUCCUCCAGAAGAUGGGGGAACUCUUUGAAUGUGUGCUCUUCACAGCUAGUUUAGCCAAGUACGCUGACCCUGUGGCAGACCUGCUGGACCAGUGGGGGGUGUUUCGUGCCCGGCUCUUCAGGGAAUCCUGUGUUUUCCACAGAGGAAACUACGUCAAAGACCUCAGCCGGCUGGGCCGAGAGCUCAGUAAAGUCAUCAUCAUAGACAACUCACCUGCCUCCUAUAUCUUCCACCCUGAGAACGCAGUCCCGGUGCAGUCCUGGUUUGAUGACAUGACGGACACGGAGCUGCUGGACCUGAUUCCAAUGUUCGAGGGCCUGAGUACGGAGGAGGACGUUUACAGCCUGUUACAGAGCCUGAGGAACAGGUAGCAGACGGCAGCUGCAGCUGGUCCUUCCUGCCCCCAGCCCCCCCCCCCCCCCCCUUCCACUGCUGCACAGAGGCCACACCUCGCUGCCACCGGCCCCGCAGCCCUGCUCCUGACCUUCGACCAGAUCAGGAGUCACAGUGUGGCCCACUAUCUGGGGACUUCAGGCAAUCGUUCUGGUCAUAAUGAAGUCUAAAGACAGUAAAUGAUCUCUGCGUUCUUGGACUGUUUGUACAGGACUCCUACUGACAAAAGAUUAUAUUACUGUAUGUACAUACUAUAUGUUUCUAAGAACAACAUACAUAAAGUAAUUUUUCUAUCAGAGAGGAGGUUUUACUAUUCUAUCAAGUAAUAUUUUAGUUACCAAAAAUUAACAAAUAGAACGAAAAUUUUCUUUCUGGAGAAUGAGUGACCUUUUGUUUUUUUUUGUGUCUAGCUGUGCUAUGCAGGCUGUUGUUUUUCGUCUGACCUUUCGUUCAAACAACUGUGAUUUACCUUCUCUUACAGAAUGAAGUGCCUUCAUUACUGUGCUGAUUUUGUUGUGUGGGGUUAUGGGGUGCACAUUUUAAUGCUGCAUAUUUACUCAAAUCUCCAAAAGCGUCUGAACUAAACCCUGAAACUAAAAUUAAAAAUAGUCUUUGGUCAUUGUGAUUUAAUCUAAGAAAAAAAAAGAGAAGUAUCAUUACUAGCCUGUUAGACCUGGAUGAUUCUUUGAUUUUGUUAGUUUGGUUACAUUGAAUUGUUAAACCUACCAAAGAUUUGUACAAUUCAAUGUGAUUUGUGACUGAAUGCCGUCAUUUGAUCCUUGACAGUGGCUGUAAAUUGAUAAUCCCUUAAGACAUUGAACCCACUUUAUUAUUGAAAAAAAAAGAAACCUUUGUGAUGACAUCACUGUCCACCGAUAAAUGUUAAACUUUUGAAGAAAAUAUAAAGACUAGCCUAGAUUACAUGAAAUUAUAUUUAUUGGGGAAAAUGGGGAUGGGUGCAUUGUAAAGACUGCUGUUGAAAUUGUACUGUACAACAUUAUUAAAGUUGCAGGUUUGCACACUGUCA